CGCAUUCCUGUUAGAGUUUCCAGCGGCCCACAAGCUGCACAUUCCUCUGAAGGCUCGGACGGUGGACUUCACCGAGCGGCAGGUUGUUUGGUGUGGGCUGAAAAAGAAGAACCUUUAACUCCGUGUCAGCAGGAGAGCGCCGCCGCUCGCGCUCUUCGGCGACAGUAGCUGCUGACUGCAGGUGGAAGUGGACCCGGGACACGGUGGGAAAUGGACCGCGGGAAGCAAUCAGAGUGUGUAACGUUACCUGCUCGUUUUCAGGGAGUGUGACGGACUGACUGGGAGUUUUGUUUCAGUGGUUUUGGCCAUGGCGGGCUGCAGGCAGUGGUGCCACCGCAUGUGUGUGUGCUGUCUAUCCGAGGAGGAGAAGACGACCAUCGCUGUGGACAGAGAGAUCGAGAGGAUCCUCAAGCAGCAGAAGAAGAAGCAGAGAAGGGAAAUUAAAAUUCUCCUGCUGGGUACUGGGGAGAGCGGAAAAACCACCUUCAUCCGACAGAUGAGGAUCAUCCACGGACGAGGCUUCUCCGAGGAGGAGAGGAGGACCUUUGCCAAAUGCAUCUUCCAGAACAUCCUCACAGCCAUGAAGGCCAUGACAGGAGCCAUGGCCACACUCGGUAUCCCCUACUCCAACCCUCAGAAUGAGAUCUACGCCAAGUGGCUGCAGGACAUAAACACGGUGCAGAUCCGACAACUGGAGCACGGCUACGUUGACGCAAUCCGCCGCCUCUGGGCAGAUUCGGGCAUCCGGGUCUGUUACAGCCGCCGCUGCGAGUACCAGCUCCUGGACUCCACUGAGUACUACAUGAGCAACCUGGACCGCAUCUCCGCCCCAGACUACAUCCCCACAGAACAGGACGUGCUGCGAGUUCGAUUCCCCACCACGGGCAUCCACGACUACUCCUUCAUCAUCAAGACCAUCACACUAAGGAUUGUGGACGUGGGCGGUCAGAAGUCGGAGCGUCGGAAGUGGAUCCACUGUUUUGAAAACGUCACCUCCCUCAUCUUCCUGGCCUCCCUCAGCGAGUACGACCAGGUCCUGGAGGAGAGAGAGACCAUUAACCGUAUGGAUGAGAGUCUGGCUCUGUUCUACACCACCAUCCAUUCUCCUUGGUUCCUAAACACCUCCAUCAUCCUCUUCCUCAACAAGACUGACAUCCUGGCUGACAAAGUCCAGACCUCUGACCUGCAGAAAUACUUCCCCAGCUUCACGGGUAAGAGGUGUAACCCCGAAGACGCCAAAAACUACAUCCGAAAGUUGUACGAGCAGCAGGCCACCAACCGCGACAACAAGGACGAGUGGAAGACUCUCUACCCGCACUUCACCUGCGCGACAGACACCAGCAACAUACGCACGGUUUUUAGCGACGUCAAGGACACGGUGCUGCUCAAGUCUCUCAGGGACUACGGAGUCAUCUGAACAUUUACAGUGGUAAAAAACAGGAGGAAAACCGUGGUUCUAGACUCUCUUGGCACUAUUUACUUCUACUGAUGAAGGCCAAAAUGUUACUUCUUUUUCUACGUUCUUCUUAAACAUCAGACCAUCCUCCAUGCUUGUGUCCACCCGUCCUCCUCUUCUCCCUUAUCAGGUCUUAAUGAAGAAGCAAAGGGGAGAACAAUAGGGACAAGUUUGUUCUCCUAUCUCACCUAAACCACCCCACUCUCUUCCUCUUCUUUCUCUCAAGUAGAAAGCUUGAAGACGUUUAGAGAGAUUGGGAGACAACAAGACCUGACUUCUGAUACCCCCCCCCCCAGCCCCCCUCCCCUCCAUUUUGAGUGGCAGGGUGAUGCAGUGACUGAAUUAAACCAUAACUGAAUUGAUGCUAUGAAGUGUUGUGCUGCCAUUAACGGAGCUAUGACCUGUAGCAGUGCACGGCAGUUGAAUUCUCACAAUAUCACGCAAAAAUACAUCUCUCAGGCUUCACGUAAUGCGUCUGUGUCCGACCCACCAGCGGUUUGGACCAAUCCGCAUCCUGUGAGGAGCUACUGGCAGCUACGGCCGUGUGUUGUCACAGAUAUGGAACUAGAGAGUAUUUUUUCACUGAAGGCUUUUCUUGAUGGAAAUUAUCUUUUUCCCCUUCUACCGACUGGCUUAGGCAACAGUUAGAUAGAAUGAUUGUUCAUCCUAUCACCUGCCAUGUAUUCUUUUGAAAGUGUCCGCCCUUUUCCAAACAAUAGGCUGGUUCGAGAUGAACUGCACCUCGCUUGUAAAGAGGACGAGAGCAGGCGGCAGCAGCCGGGGGUGGUGACAAAAAGCUGCGGUAAAGUCAGACAGUUUCCAGCCGUUUCCAGCCGCCUUCAGGCUGAACAGGAAGUGACAGAAACACUGUGGCCAAUUCAGAGUUAAUAAAAUGUUAUCAGACCCAUAUAUCAGCUGCUACAGAGUCUCCAGUCGUUUUAAUGAUGACAGAGUAGCUCUCAAAAUGCUCUACAGGAGAUCUAUUGCUGACGUUAAUAAACAACAGACUGUAGAUGAUCCGUAAUCUGAACAGAUUUAGUCUCUCUGACUUCUAGACGUCACUAUUAGCCACACAACAUGUGUUCUGCACAGAAUAAGUCUUUAAAUCUGACAAAUAGCAGUUAAAAUCCCUCAGAUUCAAAAACAAUAAAAAGUUAUAUAAAACGUCAUCAUGUUGAGUCGAUUCUGAACCUAUCAGCUGUUAAAUCAGCUGAGAGGCCGGCGUUUCCCAGCAUGCUCUGGGUCCGCCUGGGUCUUACAGUCGGUGAAAAGCAACUGCGCUGCCUGCGUUUCAGAACUACGGCCGCCUUGCUCUCAUAAGAUUAUUGUUGCCCAUGUGUUCAUGACGUCAGAGCAAGUCGGACACAAAUCUAACCGGCAUGCAACGGGCGGCGAUCGAUUCUGCACGGACCUGGCUCAUCUCGAACGAGCCUAUUUACCAGUGGCGGCUCCUCCGAUGGUUAUGUGUAACAAACCAUCUAGCGCGUCAGGUUAGGGUACACCACCCUGUCACUCACAUAAACGCUUUAUUUUAAUCCAGUAGGUACAUUCAGGUUCAAACACCAACUGUAAACACAGAAACAGUUUCUAUUAAUGGCAAUACAGGAGUUAUAAUCUCCUGCUCCUUGUCUUUGCUUGUUUCACAAACACUGCACUCCUGUCAAAGGGUCAACAUCCCUAUUGAUUACAGUUAUCUCACACUGGCAAUAUUCCUAUCUGUCUCCAUUAAUUAUUGUGUGCAAAAAGAUUGUGUAACCACCCCCUUUUGAGUCCUUCUCACGUUGCUAUAACAGCAGUAUGUAAUGACAUCCUUACAUUCACCUCCAGUUAUUCAAGCGUUUGGCAGAUUAAUGUUAGAUGUUA